AUGUGCCGCCGCUGGGGACGGCGGCAGGUGGCGCUGCUGCUCGCGCUGCUGGCGGCUGCCGCGGCCGACACGGUCAGCGAGUUUGACCGCUGUGUGCUCGGCGACUGUCUGCCGCUGCAGUCGGCUGGGGGCGCCGCCCCACCGCCCGCCUACGGCGUGGGAGGCCGGCAUAGGGAUGGUGCCAGUGUGAUGGCGCUGAAACGCUCCGCCGAGAACGGCCCCGGCGACCCUGAGCAGCUCCCGGGAGAGACAGGACCGACGGAGGGCGAAGAUACUCGCUACUGCGUGCAGUCGGACCACAUCUAUCGGAGUAACGAUCACCAGCUGACCCCAGCCGAGGGCGGUCUGCUGUGUGUCGUCCGAGACAAUCUGGUCGGCAGCUUCCGGCUCCCGCGCGUCAAGCCGGCGGCGAGUUCUGUGGAGUUUGACCGCCUGGUGUCUCGGGCGGCCUCCUCCCACCGGUAUGGCGGCUGGAGCCCGCCGGCGCCGCCGCCCGUCACUGCGGUACCGGCGGCCUCCUCGGACCGGUACCGGAGCGGGGACCUGCUUUGGGCCGUCGGCAAGGGCCCGCCGCGACGCUGGGAGUUGCAGUGGCGCGGCCCGGUGUCGUCCGGCGUGUGUGACGCCCUCCGCCCGGUGCGGUUCCUCCGCUCGGCCCACACUGACUGCUGGCUGACGGCCGACGCCGGACGGCUGACUCCGCUGGACGGCCGGAACAUGUAUCGCGACCUGUGUCUGCUGAGGGCGCCUCCUGGGGAAACUGGAGAGGAUCCGAAGCCAGUCCGCUGCGUCCAGCCUGGAGACGAGUCGACCGACACGGACCAGGACACCGCCGUGGCUGCUGUACCGUAUCUGUGCGACAUUGACCACCUCAACUGUACGCAGGUGUCUGAGGUCCGCCGGCCGCGUGUCUCCGGUGACCGGCUGCGGGACGCACUCGUCUCGGCUCUGCUGGUGGUGGAGCAGCGCUCCGGCCGGGUGGCGGCCGUCCGCGCCCUCCUGGUGCUGGCGGACGUACCGCUCGGCUCUGCGGUCCGCCAGAGGCGCCGGGUGGAGUUCCGACGGCCGGCGGCCGAGGCGCCGCGUCUCCGCAGCGGCAACCCCGGCUACCAGCGGCGCCGGCCGCUGCUGGCCGCCCCGCUGGCCGUCAACGUCACCGACGACGGCGAGACGCGGCGCGAGCCGGCGGCGCCCGGCCGGCCGCUGCUGCUGCCCUCGCCGGGCCGCGGCGGCGGCUGCAGUACCGACCGGCGCCGCUGGAGGCCGCUGGCGUUCGGUGUGGACGCCUCCGUGGGCUGUCGGUUGGAGGCGGCGGCGGGUGACUGUGCCGCGCUGCAGCGCCGUCUCCUGGACACGCUGCUGUCGGGCCUGCCGGCUGCCGCCGCUGAGACUGCCGUGUUCGCGUUCGGCAGCGGAGAGCGGGACGGGGAGUGGGUGCCGGUGGUGGGCGGCCGGCCGCAGCUCUCCCCGGAGACCACUCGGUCCGGCUGCCGCGGCCUGGUCACCAGCCUGCACUGGCGGGUACUGGUGGCGCGGACCGGCGCCGCCCAGCUGCCGCAGACUCGGGUGGUCGGGGUACGACUGCAGUUCGGCCGGCCGCGACCCGUGUGGACGGCUCCGGAGAGCGGCGGCAGGCUCUCAGUCACCCUGCACACCAGCGUCGCGUUCCAGGAUGUGACCGCCGGCGGGCCGGAGCCGCACUUUGCGCGGCCGCCGCGCGUCGAUCUCAGCCUACCGGCCGACUUCUUCUACCCGUUCUCGUCUGGCGGCGCCGGGGGCGGGGCGGGGAAGGUCCCGGCUCUGGCCGCCCUGGUGGCACUGCUGCUCGCUGUGUAACUCCCGUCUAUUGAACGGUCAAGGCUCUGACCUGUCAGGGGCCACUGUCGAAGCAUCAUUCAACCAUCAGCAACCUUUAGCCUU